GGCCGGUUUAGGGGCUUUUUUGCACCUUUUGCCUUCUGUCCAUCGCAGCUGAUUUCUCGAAGUUUUGAAUCGAUCGGCUCUGGUUCAGGGUUAAAGGUUGCAGGAGAGUGCUCAUGGAUCGGCUCAGUGCUUCUGCACGUUCUAUGAUAGUUUCUGAUCUUGAUCAUACAAUGGAUCCAUCUGCUGUAACUGUCCAUCCAUCUGGUGUUGAGAAAACUCUACAUGAACGCAUACAUGAAAUGAAAGGGUGGUAUGGAGACAAGCAGGGAAAAAAGCUUCGGGUUUGGGUGGAUCGUGUAUUAUCUACACAGAUUGGUUCAAGCACAUGGUUGGUGAAUUUCAAUAAGUGGGAGCAGCAAGGUGACGUGCGGUGUUGUUGUCCAGCCGGUGGAAAGCUAGAAAAUUAUUUGAAAUGAUUUGCUUAGAUGAUUGAUUUGUGGAUUUCAGGAGGGCGAUGCAUGGUUCACAUGGGUUCACUUGGAUGCAUGUACAAUAGACGUGGCUGCAAGGAUUGAAAACGGAAGACCAUUCAGACUUCUGUUCUAGAUUGAUAUCAGAUGCUAUCCCUUACCUUUUCAGCUCUGGAGUAUUCAAUAUUCAAUUGAAGUAAAUGUACUAAUGAUGUUAAUAUUUCGUUUCUUAUGCAAGGAUCAAAUCCUAAAGCUUUGUUUGGGUUGAAAGUAUACACAAGUCCAAUUAUAGUAUACCACCAAAGUUCAUCCAAUAUAGCUAAUAACUUGAA